AUGAAAGGCGAAUGGAGAGAGAGAAGAGAGCGGUUCGGGGGAGAGACAGGAGAGAGAAGGCAGAGAGAGAGAGAUCGGGAGCGAGGACGGGGCGCUGGCGAGCGGGACUGGCGCGGGGCGGGCGGCGAGGGCAGGACGCGCGCCGCGAGCUCGGCGAGGGGGCAGCAGAGGGCGCGGGGCGGGCGGCGCGGCAAAGUGAAGCGGGCGGCGGCGGCGGCGGGCGCGGCGCGGGCUCGGGGCCGGCGGGUGGCGGGGCGGCCGAGUAGCCGCGCGGGGUCGGGCGCAGGGCGUGCGGCGGACCACCGGCCGGAGCCCGGGUGCCGCGCCGCGCCGCGCCCCGCGCGCCUAGGAGUGGGUGCCGGCCCCGGAGCCCCAUCCCCAGAGCCCGGAGUCCCCGCAGCCCCCGGAGCCCGGACAACUGUUGCGGCGGCGGCGGGGGCACGGCGGGGGCACGGCGGGGGCGUGGGCAGCCCCGCGCCCCAGCAGGCGGCUCCCGCGGGCGCCGGCUCCCGGCUGCGGAGCGAGGAGCGACCGGCGCGGGCACGAGGCAGCGCUGGACGGGUCAAUGCAAGCCAGACGAUGACCAGUUGUGGCCAGCGGUUCCGGAACGCACUCGCGGUGCUCUUGUCCUUGCUGGUUCCUGCAGGUAACUCCUGUCUCCUCGGAGCUUGGCAGGGGCGCGGGCAGCAGGCUGUCCCUGCCUGGGGCAGUGCUGCAUCUGGCGGGGGGCCUGGGGGGGCCCUUGGGAUGAACCUGUCGCUGCAAGCAACACCUACUGUGUGCAGCACCUGCUCACUUGCUACAGGAGCUCG